GGUGGAUUGACGACAUGUUCGGUGAGGUCUUUACGAGGGUUUAUCCCUAUUAGUCUCCAAGAUGCGAAAUUGCCACCGUUAUCCCCAGCCACCGCCCAAAACCAGAGUUACCAUAUACAUUCGAGAAAGUUUAGCCCACCCCCGUAAUAUAUUUAAUAUUACCCUUUUGAGUCAGGGGCUAUGUCAUCUUCUCAGGAAGUAUUGAAUAGGAGAGUCCUAUUCAUAUGUCAGCUUAGGGGUUGAGGUCAUAGUUUAACCUCAAAGGUAGCCAUUAAGCUCCAUGUCGCGAACUGGAACCGCAUGUUGGCACUGGAUCGAAUUAUGUUCAGAAACAGAGUAGCGACGGUAUAUUCCUUUUGAUCCGUAAGACUGGAGCUGAAGUGAUAGAAGCUUUAUGCUACCCAGUGCUUUUGUAUAAAUACCCAAGAACAUCCUCCAAUUCUAACUCAAUGUUCACUAUUAAGAAACUAACUUACUCAUACUAUUAUAACUAAGUCAACAAUACAGCCGACAAAAAUGAAGGCAUCGCUGCUUCUUAGCCUUGGCGCUCUAGCGCUCCCAGGAGUCACGGCAUCUCCGCUACACGAGAUCGAAUCGAGAGAAGGCUCCCACUCAUUCAUGGGCUCCAACUUGUACUUCCUUCCAGGUCUGUCUGAUCGAGACCAAGAUCAAUACAUCAACGACCUUUCCAGCUAUGGCGUCAAAGUAGUCCGCGUGUGGGUAAACCAACAAGCUGCGGGCCACUGUGAAAAAGGCAGUAACCUUGCGGUAAAUAUAGGGCCACUGGAGUCCGAGCUGGGCAAAUUCGACGACAAGACGCUGGAUGCCGUCGAUAAAGUCGUCAACAAGCUAGCCAAGAAGGGUAUCAAGUCUAUUAUUUCGCCCCACGAUGCAAACUCGCUUCUCGAUGACUAUCGAAGGGACGUAUACACCAAGUUUGGCAAGUCCGGAUUCUAUUCUUCGGAGGAUGCCAUCAAAGCCUACGACAAUCGAAUCGGCCAUAUUCUCAACUACAAGGGAGCCCACUCCGGCAAGGUAUGGAAGAGCUGGAGCGACGCAAUCAUGGCAUUUGACAUCCAGAACGAGCCCAUGUCGCCAGACCUUUCCGUCUGCAAGAAUAACGACCAGAAGAACUGGCUCUGCGGGCGCGCCAAGAAGCUCCGCAAUGUCCUGGGCGCCAACAACAAGAUCCAAAUCGCGACCGGAGGUAUCGGCGGUGACAUUUCGCACGACUGCACCUUCAUCAAGGCUGCCACGAAGUGCCCCGAGAUCGACCUAAUCGCCAUCCAUCGGUAUGCGGGCAGCCAGUCUAACAACCCCGGUCAAUGGUCUGGCGGCGCCAAAAACUGGGUCAAGCAGGCCGGCGGCAAGCUCAUCUUCGUCGAGGAAUGGGGAGUCAACACUGCCGCCAACAGCGCCAAGAGCGAGCUGCCUGCCCAAGCCAACGACAUCAAUAAAGUUGGUCUGCCAAACUUGUAUUGGCAAUUCCUCCCUAAGAAGGCCUGUCCCUACGACCCUAGACAGGAUUCCGGCGACCACUUUGGUAUCUUCGUCGAGGGCGACGUGGAUAUUGCUUCGGUCGUGAAGGGCGCUUCUAACGCCAAUGCUUUACAGGAUUGGUCGAAGGUCAUUGGAUAGACCAGACUUUUGGAUCUCGUAUCAACGCUUUGUUGGAUUUCCGUGAAGCCUUAGGAGAUAUUUCUUUAUAGAUCGUCGAGUGGCCUAUCUUGAACCACGCGGAUGUACAUACUUGUCAGAAUUUGUUUCUUGGUCUCUCGUUUAAACACUAUUACACACAGUUAGAACUUCUUAUGAUAGACUUUCCUUUGACCUCAUUAAGCAAUCUGGAUAAGAUUGGCACGCCGAAUAAGAGAGUUGCUUACCAUAUGUAGAUACCUAGGCUGGGAGGUAAACCCAAACCUGAUGCCGAAUCCCUAUCGUAUAGAUUAAUUCAAUGCGGGCGAGAGGACA